UUUUAAACAUUUCGUCGGAAUGAGGCGUAUGAUAUGGUGUUGAAAAGACGUGGAAUAGACGCCCCUGCCCUGCAUUGACGCCAUCGGCCUAGAUACCGCCCCUAUCUCCACGGUCGAGAUCCACCCUCGCCCGCCCCCACGCCCGGAUCUGUGCCCCCGGCGGCCGUUGACGUUUGCGCCAUCCUGAUACAUCCUCAGAUUCAUGCCGACCACCGCCGAAGCCGGGCCCCUACCUUCCCGCACGGACGCCAUUCCUCUUCACGGCGAUGAGUUUGUGCUCUCCUACCAGUACCACAUAUCCACGAGGUCCUCUUGGGGCCUCGGCGAUCUCCUCCGCGCGGCAACACCACCCCUUAAUUUCCCGUCAACAUAUGGAGCUUGUCGGCAUGUGAGCAUGCAGGUCCUAGGGCUCCCCGACGGGCCGCCCCUUUCCAGUGAGCCUGUCGUUCAGUGCGGCCGCGCCCGACAUUUGGUGAAUCUCGUUCAGGGUGCGGGCAUCCUCACCUGCAGCUCUAUUCCCACACUCUUGGUGUCCGGCCGAACACAUUUUUUUUCUUCAGAUUCGGGAUGUACAGUUUAUCUCGUGUGGUUGAAGUGUAGUGUGCUUUCGAGUGCUAUCCUCUGGUGCGGAUCAAGAUUUUACAUACGAUUUAGUUUUGAAGUGCGGGCACUUUAGCUGGGGGGUACUCGAAUGUAUCAAUUUUUCGGUGUCGUUGACUUAUGUAUGGUUCUAUGUAUGAUUUUUUUUCAUUGUUU